GUUUGCUGGCGAGAAAAGCGGAACUUACUUUUACUUACGAAAGAUAGGCUUGAUUAUGCCAAAUCAACGAAUCUGGCCCGCAUAAGAAAGUCUGGUCAAUGAAUCAGAGUCGACAAAGAUACGUGUUCAUCGGGAUAUUAAAGAACUAUUUUAAAAUAAUGUGAAAUUGUGCAGACACUUGCGGAUAAAACCUUCUAUAUUGUAUGUGGUACACAGGGAAGACCCAAGAACAGAUUCUGAUUAUAUAAGCAAAGAAAACCCUGUCAGGAGGAACAAAUAUGUCACACACCGAGCUGUCUACAGUGGUGGACCAAUUUCGGGAACUAGACUUAAUCUUUAAAAGCGGUUCUGAUCUGGAUGUCGUAGAGUGGGGGUACGCACGGAAGUUGGUUCACGCUAUAAGUACUCAAAAUCAGGUUUUGGAGUGUGAAGCUUUGAAAGGUCUCGGAGAUUUGUACCUGCACAAAGCAAAGAUGAACGAGUAUAAAGCAGAGAACUUCCACAAGGCUUGCUCCAUGUACACAGAACUCUUACGGUAUUACACUAGUAUUGAGGAGAAGCAAGUUGUACAACAUCGCAUCAGAUAUGCAGAGAAAUGCACGAAACUGGUCCAUGAUCAAGACUUUGUAAAAGCGGGGUCUAUCAAUCCAGGCAAUGCCAUAUUGGCUGUGUCCACAACCCUUCAAGAAGUGAAAAAGAAGCUCAUGCUGAAAGGACAUGCCACGAUGCCCUUGAUUGAAGGUUAUACAAAUACUUUAGUGAAAGCAAUCGUGGAAGGAAACAAACGUUUGGAAAUAGAAUCGUUGAAGAGCCUGGGAGAUGUGUACCUAGAGAAGGGAAGGGUUGGUAAGGACGAGACAGCGUUCAGUAAAUCAGCUGGUCUGUACCGAGCGGCGCUGGGCCGCUGUGAAGAUUCAGACGGCAGAGAAACGCUAAGACACCGCAUCAAGUACGCGGAGAAAGUUAAGGAACAAGAACGCAAGAAACACCAAGAAACGGGACGGACCAGAAACAAGAAAGUUGGAAACAGCAGAAAAGAGAAACAGGAAGUCACAGACAGAACGAACCAAGACCAGCUACAGGAGGGCUGCAGGGCCCUGCAAACAGGGGAUCUGGACACGGCAGAACGAAACUUUGCAGCUGCGCUCAAGGCCGUUCGAAUUCAUGGGAAAGGUCAGCACUGGAAAGAGUCAGAGCCCAUUUGCAAGUUAAGCGAUGUCUAUUUCAAGAGAGGAGAGCAAUCAAAAGACGGAGGUGAUUUCACCAAGGCUGCAGCACUCUGUAACGCAGCACUGGUGAGAGCAAAGACAGAAGACAAAGAGGACAUCAAGCAGACAAUACAGGAAAUCACACAAUCUUUUGUUAAGCACGUCCUGAGUAUCGAACAAACGGUACCCACGGAUGACAUAGAGAAACACAAAUCGGUGUUAACAGAAUGCCGCUGCUAUGUGGAAGAAGAAAUCAAAAGAAUUGAGCAGCAGAUAGAUCCUUAUAGCCUAGAUGACAUCGACCCACAGAUCAGGGAAGUAGAAAAGAAGAGAGUGGACGCAAACAAGGCAUUGUUCGACACAAUUGUCCAUCAGCGAAAAACAUUCAUAGCUGGCCUUGUAGAUGAGUGUAUGGAGGUUAUGGGCCCUCCUCCCUGUAAGGCGUGUGGUCACCUUGGUGAUAACAGAAAAGCCAUCAGUUAUCAUCAGCAGUCAUUACAGAUGGAGCGGGGUAUCUAUGGUGAGGACAACGCACAUCCUGACAUCGCCUCGUCACUUAACUACUUGGGUAACGCCUGGAGUAACCUUGGUGAUUGCAGAAAGGCCGUCAGCUAUUAUGAACAAGCACUACAGAUGAACCGGAGUAUUCAUGGUAAGAACACUGAACAUCGUGACAUCGCCUCGUUACUUCACAACUUGGGCAAAGCCUGGGGAGGCCUCGGCGAUUACAGAAAGGCCGUCAGCUAUUAUGAACAGGCACUGCAGAUGAUGCGGGGUAUUUGUGGUGAGGGCAACGCACAUCCUGACAUCGCCAGGUCACUUAACAACUUGGGUAUCACCUGGAGUGACCUUGGUAAUUACAGAAAAGCCGUCAGCUAUCAUGAACAGUCACUGCAAAUGAGGCGGAGUAUUUAUGGUGAGGGCAACGCACAUCCUGAGAUCGCCUUGUCACUUAACAACUUGGGUGUCGCCUGUAGAUACCUUUGUGAUUACAGAAAAGCCGUCAGCUAUCAUGAACAGUCACUGCAGAUGGAGUGGAGUAUUUAUGGUGAGGGAAUCGCACAUCCUGAUAUCACCUUGUCACUUAACAACUUGGGUCUGGCCUGGAGGAACCUUGGUGAUUACAGAAAGGCCGUCAGCUACCAUGAGCAGUCACUGCAGAUGAUGCGGGGUAUCUAUGGUGAGGGUAACGCACAUCCUGAUAUCGCCUCGUCACUAGGCAACUUGGGUAACUCCUGGAGUGACAUUGGUGAUUACAGAAAGGCCGUCAGCUACCAUGAACAGUCACUACAGAUGAGACGCAUUAUCUAUGGUGAGGGCAACGCACAUCCUUACAUCGCCUCGUCACUAGGCAACUUGGGUAAUGCCUGGAAUCACCUUGGUGAUCACAGAAAGGCGAUCAGCUAUUAUGAACAGGCGCUAGAGAUGUUGCGGAGUAUCUAUGGUGAGGGCAACGCACAUCCUGACAUCGCCUCGUCACUAGGCAACUUGGGUUCCGCCUGGAGUAACCUUGGUGAUCACAGAAAGGCCGUCAGCUAUUAUGAACAGGCACUAGAGAUGAGACGUAUUAUCUAUGGCGAGGACAUCACGCAUCCUGAUAUCACCCUACUUUCCAACUUAGGUAAGGCAUGGAAUCACCUUGGUGAUUACAGAAAGGCCGUUAGCUAUUAUGAACAGGCACUAGAGAUGAUGCGGCGUAUCUAUGGUGAGGGCAACGCACAUCCUGAUAUCGCCGGGUCACUUGACAACUUGGGUAUCACUUACAGGAACCUUUGUGAUUACAGAAAAGCCGUUAGCUAUCAUGAACAGGCACUGCAGAUGAGGCGGAGUAUCUAUGAUUCUCAUCCUGACAUCGCAAGAUCACUUCUCAAUCUGUAUGUUGCCUGGAGUGACCUUGGUGAUCACAGAAAAGCAGUCAGCUAUUAUGAACAGGCAAUAGAGAUGCUCAGUUAUGAAACAGGUGAUGAUUGA